AUGGGCGAUGCAUCCUACACUGUCCCUUCUAUACAUGAUCCGUUGCCGGAUCCCCACGGGUAUAACGUGGACAGCUAUUACAAUCCUCCAGCAUAUCAUCCUCCUGGAAGCUUUGCGCCUUCCACAAACAACGUGUCAAUGAGCGAUGCUAUCUCAGGAAACAACGAGUUCGUCGCUCCUCUUACUGCCCAACAAAAACUCAACGCGGACGACUACGGAGUUCACGAUUUCAAAGUGCCAAACGACAAUCCAUACCGCUUUGAUGCUGAUUCGUUACUCAAUCGAUUUUCCAAUAACUUGCACUUGAAGCGAAUCUUCCACUGGCUUGAUCCGAAGUUCUUUCACGAGCGCGCUUGGUUCAGUUGGACGGCUCCCCAUUCCUACCAACUCCCUGGGCACUACUACAGAUCCGAGAAUGGUGGGCGGAUCUAUAUCUACAGGCACAGGGAUGUCUUUCGCCGCAAGCAUGCCGGUUUGAAUGAUGAUCGAUACCUAGAUCCGAUCGACGGGAGAGUGGAAAAGCUAUUCGUCCAGACAGUCAACGAGAUCUACGACACGGACAACGACACGACCUGGCGGCGAACGUACAUCAAAAACGUUAGUCCAUGGCUCAUCCGUCUGGCCUACUGGCCCUACUCGCAUAUGCCUGUUGCGAACCCGGAAUUCUCAGCGGAUUACGGCCUUGGUGAAUCAUCUUCUACUGGGAUUGGCGCAUGGAAACAAGAACAGUGGCUUCAUAUCAGCCUUCGCUGGCUACCUUCCUGCAUUGGCCUGCUGUUAUUGAUGAUCUUUCCAACCGACGUCGAAGGCCAUGUCCGUAACCACGGUUGCUACGACCCUGUGCCUUACCGUUAUUGGUCUUAUCCUCUGUCCGCGCGGAACUUCCGCGAGAACAAAGGUCAGAUGCCCAAACCUGGAUCCUUUGGCACCACAAACGACUUCAGACUAUCCGAUAGGUGCCUCCGACCACGCCUAUUAUGCUUCCUAGAUCGCAUAACCGAUGAUGAUCCUCGAGGCUGUCUCGACCCGCAAGUUUGGAUUGACGAGCAUGGAGGAGGUGUUGAACCGACGUAUAUCUUUAUUUCUUACACUGCCGAGAACCAGUUCGAGCGACGAUGCGCCGAUGCAAGGAGAGACGUCCAGAGCACCGGCUCUUCAUACUGUAACUGUCUCCAAUGCCAGAACGCUGCAUCCGAUGCAGAAGCCCUGCACAGAAUCGCCCGGAAAGCGGCCAGGAACGCUAAUGUCGCUGCAUACUGGACCGACCAAUGUUGCAUGUCCACCGACAAGGCUGAGCUUCAAGAAGAUGUUUACCGAAUCAGUGAUGUCGUCCGUGGUGCGGCAAAGAUCGUCAUCGUGGUGGGCCGGACAGGCCAAGACCGUCUUCCGCCGUCAGUCACCACGCUCGACCUGCUGAAAGAAUGGGGGACACGCAUGUGGACAUGGCCCGAAGUUCUGCUGGGUCCGGCAGGAGAGAAGAUACAGGUAUACACGCGGGGAGGAGACAUGCGUGCCCCACUGGAGAUCUCGAAGAUGGAGUUUCCUGCUCAAGUCUGGGACGACAGCGACGUGGCGAGACAGCUGAUUGAUAACUACGAGGGAUCACUGGCCCUGAGUCGGCUGGAACUCGUGGUUCUGGCGCUCGAAUGCCUCAAGCGCCGGGUGGAAACGGGGACAACAAAAUACCUGGAAGGAGAUCUGUCGUAUGCAUUGAUGGGCUUGCUGAGGCAACGGCCAAAGGUCGACCAGACAGACUCUGCGUUCCAAGCAUUCGCGCGCCUUUCGUUGGCGAACGACAGUGACCGACUACUGGAAAGGAUGAUUUGCUUACUGCCGUUCGAUAGCAACCAUGAUCUCAUGUCUAAUGACCGAUACUACAGCCAGAACGCAGGAACGGCGACCGGCAACAGUGGCCAAGACGGAACGGAUCUACUCAGUGAAGAUAGCAAGAAGCGCCAUUACUGGACCAACCUUGACGACUACUGGGGUGCCAAACUCUGGGACAUCCAACCCAUGUGUCAGGUCGCCGGCAUUGGCAAAGACGACACCGUGAUUCUGGAUGGCGCCUAUGGGGCUACAAUCCAUUGGGACAGUUUUCAGCGUGUUGCCAUCACCACUCGAGAGACCUGGUCGCGCAUGCUGGCUCGGUAUUUUGUGCGUGGCACACCGGCAUGGUUCUUCACCGGUGUCCUCACUGUGGCAUUUUCACCAAACAGCCCCACGGGCAAAGGAAUAGGGGCGUUGUUCCUGAUGAUUGCAAUAGUCACCAUCCUUCUCUCGCCGAUGCUGAUCUUGCAUAUCUACGGAGGCAAGGUAUGGAAUACCCAGCCGUGGCUAUUCGGAUUCGAAGGUCACAUGUCUCUCAGGAAAAUUGAGAUGAAGAUCUUUGGAUUUCCGUCGGAACGGCUCUCCUGGGCGCCCUAUGCCAGCAAUAUGUCCCAUCACCGCGUGAAUAGUGAGUUCUUGGAGGACGAAUGCGAGGGCAUGGAUCCCUUGCUCGCAGGCGAGAAUGAGACAGGUGGUGCGGGAACAGUAUCGACAACGGGUGAGAGGCUGAGACUUUUCACCCUGGUUGACACGAAUACAAUGACCGUCACCACAUUUCGUGCUGCACGCCCGCCCACUGUUGCUCUCCUCUGCGGCUCAGAAGGGGGCAUGCAACGCGCGGUGAUGUGCUCGUAUGACUGGACGAAUCAAUGCCUGUGGCGAGAGACCGUGCUUCGCAUGGAAACGAUGGCGCUUCAAAAGAUGCCUAGGAUUGGGAGAGUUAGGUUUGGGCUGAGGAGAUGGCAGGGCGAGAUGGGAAGGAGUGAUCUGCUACCUCCUGAUUGA